GCACCACCACCUCCACCACGACUACGACCAUCAACAUAUCACAUACCCAAAAGGCGUUAUAAAUAGCCAGAAUAAUCCUAGAAGCAACUCGGCGAAAAUAAAGGCCGAAACGAGAGUGCGAACGAGUGGAACAGCAGCAUCGAAGUGUGAAAAUAACCAAAACAUUGCAACACCUAAGGGCAGGAGGCAACGCAGACUCCGAAGGCUGUGCUGUGUAAUUUAAUGUGACAAUGCCGGGUGUGGUAUUUUUAAUUGUUGUGCCAACAGCUAAUUUUGAACGUGAGCUUUAUUAUGGUAACAAUCAAGAUUUGUCCGCCCCAAACAUACCGCUGCACACGAUAGCCACCAAGGGAGCUUUCGGCCCAGGCGGUGGGGUCAAUAAUAACCUUAACAUCAAUCUUCCGGAAAAUAACAACGCAAUAUUAAGACUUGAAGUUGAGCUACGUGACAAGAAUGCACCCAAAUACCGACGUGCAGCUGGCCUGCCAUCAGCAGCGGCAGGUGGACGAGGCCGUGGCGUUGGUAUGGCCACAAGGCCAGGUGGAAAUAAUAAUCGUUCCAUUGCAGAUGGCCGAGGUGGUGGUGGUGGCGUCGGAGGCGGUGGUAAUGUUACCGCUGUUAUGACCGACUUAAAGGGUAAUGCCAUAAUACCCCUGGAGAAGGUUCUUGAAGAGCUACUGGUCAAGUUGGAAAUCGAACAUGUUACCUGGACGACGAGUAAAAAAGGAUAUUUCCAUCAUGUUGUGUUCCCUCUGCAAUCGGGAGAGCCAUGUGAAACCACUUUACAUUGUCUAACGGAACUGGGUAUUGGCACUAAAUUGAAUUCUAGUGUCAGUGUCCUACCCUGCAGCGUUAGCUAUGAUGCCCUUACCGUAAUGGAGGAUGUCAGCGAUCCAAUGGAUGGUGAAGAACUGUCGAAGUGGAACAAUUUUGUGGAAUCAAUUAAAUCGAAAUUAACCGUAAAACAGGUCGUGGACGGGGUACGUGCUGGCGGUUCAUUGUCCUUUGAUUAUCUGUUGCUAAUUGUAACGGCUGAUUCCUUGGCCGCCUUGGGUUUGGUGGAGAAUAAUGCACCCAAUAUUACAGCAGCCAUGUUGGUCUCUCCUUUGAUGGGUCCAGUGAUGUCAAUAACAUUUGGCACUAUUAUUGCGGAUAGAGAACUAAUUCGCGUUGGCUUCAUAUCCUUGGCUUUGGGCAUGUUUAUAUCCUGUUUGUUUGGUUUCAUAUUUGGCUUAAUUUUGGGUACCACAGAAAUGCCAUGGGGUAGCGGUGAUUGGCCUACUGAGGAGAUGCGUGGAAGAGGCAAUGUGCGUUCCUUGUGGAUGGGCGUUUUGUGGGCCUUAACUUCGGGUACUGGUGUGGCGGUGGCAUUAUUACAAGGUUCAGCUGGUCCGCUUAUUGGUGUGGCAAUUUCGGCCUCAUUAUUGCCACCGGUUGUGAAUUGCGGUCUCUUUUGGGCAUUGGCCUGCAUUUGGUUGAUUUAUCCCGGCACCCGGAUACCCCACAUCAAGGGCGAAGCGAUGAACGAGACAUCGGCAUAUCCAUUUCUCUACACCGACUAUUUGCCAACGGAGUUUUUGAUCAAUGGCAUUGUUUCGUGUCUGCUAACGGUUGUGAAUGUGAUUUGCAUUUUUAUUACCGCCAUAAUUGUGUUGAAAAUUAAGGAAGUCUCGGCGCCAUACACAGCCAGUCCGGAUUUGAAACGAUUCUGGGAAACCGAUUUGCGUACGGUACGCAAAACCAAUCGUUCUACUAUGCGCCAGCGGCGUGGUGGCGGACCGGGAGCUGGCGGUACUGGUACAUUCCGUGACAAAUUGUUGAGCGGUUAUCAAGGUCUAGAGGAACAUCGCAGCCCUGAGAUGGACAGCGUUUUGGAACAAGCUCUAAAAGAGGCCGAAGAUGAUGUUACCUUCAAGAAGGUGAAGCGAAUGAGUUAUUCUAGCAAUGCUGCUGGAGAGCUAACACAACGUUUAGCCAAAUUGGCGGGUCUUAAUAAGCCAGGGGCUGGCGAUUUUGGCGGCGGUUUGGGUGGUACUGCCGGCGGUGGCAGUCGUGCUGGCAGUCGCAUGAACUCAAUACGUGGCUCGAAAAGGAAAGUUGAUUUGAAAGCACUUGAUAAGCUGGUAACAAAUUUGUUGGAACAACAGGAACAAGUAACAACAACGACAACUGGCAGCGAAUUGGGUGCCUCAUCCAUAUAUGCCUCAACGCCGGCAACAAAUCGCAAGGCAUCUAUGAAAUUAAAUCGUUGGCGUCCUACAUCACGUUCGGCACAUAGUUUUAAUAUCACAGAGGGUUCAACUAAUUUCGGUGCAGAUCACACAACGUCGGCUGGUGGUAGUGGCAGUGGUAGCGGCGGUGGUGGCGGCAAUGGAGACCUACAGCAUAUGCCCACGAUUAUGGAAAGCACGGCUGGCAGUAGCAGCAUGACUUCGACGAAAAAUAAUAAUGAAACUUCAACUGCGGCCCGGCCACGUUCGCAGCGUACUUCAUGGUCGAGUUCAUUGGAACGUACUCCGGGUGCUGUGCGUAAUGUUUUAAGGAAUAUGACGACGACGAAUCCGGACAAUGAGGAAAAUCUUAAUUUAACACAAAAUUAUAUAGCUUAGAAUUAACAGCAUACAAACGCACAUACAUAUACGAAUAUAUUUAUGAAUGAGUAGAAGAAAUAUUGUAGAUAGAGAAAAUGUUAGGAAACGAAGGAAGAAUGUUACAA